AUGACGAAACAGCACAAGUAUGACGGUUGGUCGUAUGAGCGCCUCCGCCAGCAGCGGAAUCGCGCGCACUUCCUCUUAGAGGAUCCCUACCGCUUCAUCACGGUCCUGCUGCACAACGGGGCGCUGUACGCCAUCGACAGCCCGUGCUACCACGCCUCGGGACCGCUGGGUGAAGGUGAGCUCCUCGACGUCGAGGACGCGCACACCGCCGCCUCCGUCGCCUGCCUGCGCUGCCCGUGGCACCAUAUUCUUGUGUCCAUCGCGACGGGUGAGGAGAUGGAUGUGCAGGCGGUGCCGCCGCCCACCCACCACGGCGGCAGCAGCGGUGGCGGUGUUGGUGGUGGUGCGAUGGAGAUGCCGACGUAUCCACUGCGCCCCCACUGGGAGGCUUGCGGCGGCGCGGCGAAGGCCUCGCGUGGUCGUGUGGUGCAGCGCACGCACAAAGUAUGGCUUGACGAAGCCAAAGGCAUCUUGACGAUCGAGGUGGAGGACGAUGCGGCGAUGCGGCGGCACCCGGUACCGUCCGACGCGGCGGCAGGAGAUCUGAAGAA